AUGGCUGAGGAGCGAGCAGAAGCGGUGCUGCAACGCCGGCGCCUGCGGGCGGCGCGAGGCGUGCUUGCUGCCUGGCGCCUGCGUGUGGCACAAGCGCAGGGCAAGGCCGCGCAGGUGCGGGCGGCCGAGGUGCUGCGGCGCUGCGAGGGAGCAGAGGAGCGGGCAGCAGAGCUGGCAAUCGAGCUGGCGGCUGCUGAGGAGCGGCACGCCGAGUGGGCCGUAGCACGGGAGGCUCGGCCAAAGGCGGCGUCCUGUGUGCAUCAGCCCGCUGCCGGCGUCGACACGACCCACGCCUGGGAGCCCGCCGAGGCGCUGCGCAAAGCCGAGGCGCGGGCCUUGGCCGCUCAAAACGACCUGCAGCGCGAGCGGGAGCAGGCCCGUGAGCUGUUCGCGCGGCUGCACGCGGCGGAGGAGCGCGCUGGCGCGCAGGCACGGCGCCUGGCGGAGCUUGGAGGGGUGGAGCAGGGGCUGUCAGAGGCGCUCUCGCGAGCCCGCCUCCUGGAGGGGCGCCUCGCGGCGGCGGAGGCUGAACUGGCCCGCAGCCAAGCCCAGGCCGCGGCCGCCGACGAGGCGCGCGCGGCCGCAGCGGCAGGGGCGCGUGCGGCGGCCGCGGCGGCGGCGGCCGCAAGGCGCGCAGACCUGGCGGCGGCGCAGCGGGCGGUGGCGGCGGAGCGGCGCGGGGCACUGCUGCGGGACGAGCUGCAGGCGGAGCGGGAUGCGGCGCGCCGCACCCGCGCCAAGGCAGAGCUUCUGGAGCGACAGCUGGGGCAGGCUUCGGAGGGGCAGCAGCACCAGCAGCAGCAGCAGCAGCAGCAGCAGCAGCGACGGGACCUUGAACAGGCCGACGCCCCUGGGGAGCUGCAGUUGCUGCAGCACCAGAUCUCAGGGUGA